UCCAAGAUGGCGGUGCAGGUGGAGUUGUGUUGUCUGGAGAGUUUCCCCUCGCACCUGAGUCCUCUGGAUGCUUUGAUAUUAAAAUCUCACCUGGACUCAGUUUUCCAGAAUGACACGGACCCGCCGACCGUCCUCUUCACCCCGCAGAGGCCUCAGGGCUCCGGGAGGCCGGGUAUUUUACUGCGCGUUCACCCGACCACCGAGGAGGAGACGGCGGGCUGCGGAGGGAGAAACUCCUCCAGAGCCGACACCGAGUCCCGGAGCCGGGUCCGGCUGUACACCAGCCGCUUCUUCCUGCGGCACCACGGGCUCCAGCGGCUCGGCAGCUCCGGGACCGUGCGGGCUCUGGAGCCGGUCAGCCUGGACAGGGUGGUGCUGGGAGCCCGCAGCAGGCAGAGUCUCCGCUGGGCCGGAGCCGAGCAGUUCACCGGCGGGCUGCUGGAGCUCUGCCGCCCGGGACAGUGGCUGCUGGCCCGGCAGGGAGAUCCGCUGCUGCUGCCCCGACACCUGCGAGAGGACCCGGGACAGCAGCAGCUGUCGGACCUGCUGGUGUUGGAGUGCAGUCCUGUGACGCAGGGAAGGAUCACAGCCGACACCUCUCUGGUUCUCACGGACUGCUGGGACUCAGCAGACCCCCCAGGUGCCCCCCCACUCUGCAGACCGCUCAGACUCUGUGUGUCAGACUUCGCUCAUUACGCCGACGGCCUCGGAGGGGGGCGCUCUCUUCUCGACAACAGGAAGCUGCUGGGCUCUGGGUUCUCGGGCAUCCUGCAGGCGCUGGAGUGCAGGGUGGAUGUCCGGGUGGUGGAUGCUCAGCGCUGGGUCAGGGUCAGAGGUCAGCAGGGAGCGGCCAUGGACGUGGACAGCUGCGUGUUCGUGAGCAAACAGCUGCUUCUCAGGCUGGGACUGUUUAACCAGGAGUGGGUGAAGCUGUCCAGGCUGGGCGGAUCCUCCAGACCCUCGACCGCUCAGACCGACGUCAGGGGGAGCGUCUGCGGAGAGCGGCUGGUCUCUGUGGUGGUGGUGGAUUUAACACAGAGUCCAGACCUGCAGAACCACGAUGAGGUUGGUUUCAUAUCAGCGACUCUGUGGUUCAACAUGACGGAAGGAGAAAUGAUUCCUGUGAACUGCUGCACGCUGAGGAUGAAGAGGUGGAGGUUGUCUCCUCCGGAGUCCAGUGGUCGCUCUGACAGUUCCUGUCGCUCGGCUUCUCCACCGUUCGCCAGUGAGCUUCACAUCCAGCCGGUUGUGUCUCCGCUGUACAACAACAUCAGCUGCUACGACAACCUGCUGUCUGAACACUUCGACACUCCCAGACUGGUUUCACAGGGAGAUAUUUUAUCAGUUCCAGCUGAAAAGCAUCCAGACCUGCUGGAGAACAACUCUGAGGGAAUCCACAGGUGUCCAGUGCUGUUCUUUAGAGUGCAGAAGGUGUGUCCAUCUGCAGAGAGAGAACAACAGGAGGAGGAAGGAGGAGGAGGAGGCGGCGCUCACCUGGCCGACAGAGUUCACACCUCACUCUACCUGGGAGCGUCCACCAACAGCUCCGUCCCCUGCUGCUCUGUGGAGGGAGCGUCUCUGUGGAGCAGUCUGUCUCCUCCUGGCCUCAACAAGACCGUCGACCUCCUCAGCAGCAUCAUCCUGCCCCACCUGCACCACAGCGGCUCUCUGUCUGGUUGCACUGUCCUCCUUCACGGUCCAGCAGGAAGUGGUAAGAUGACGGCGGUGAGCGCAGCGAGUCGCAGACUGAACAUCCACCUGCUGAAGGUGGACUGUGUGAGUGUGUGCGCUGACACCCCUGCAGCCUCUGAGGUGAAGCUGACGUCGGUGUUUCAGCGAGCCGACGCCCUGCGUCCCUGCGUCCUGCUCCUCAGGAACCUGCACCUCCUGCUGAGAUCCAGAGGAGCGGCCGAGGAGGACGGGAGGGUCGGAGCGGCGCUCUGCCAGCUGCUCAGCAGCGCCCCCACCAGUGUGGUGGUGGUGGCGACGGUGUGCAGACCUCGGGAUCUUUCUGCAGGUGUGAUGUCGGCGUUUGUCCACCAGGUGGCGUUGGAGAGUCCUACUGAGGAUCAGCGGCGCUCCAUGUUGGUCAGCCUGAGCCGAGACCUUCACCUGGGGAGAGACGUCAACCUGGAGAGACUCGCUAAACUCACAGCGGGUUUUGUGUUGGGGGAUCUAAGAGCUCUGUUGGCGGAGGCUGGUAGAGCUGCCUGCAGGAGGCUGAUCCACACCUGUGGUGAUCGACAGGAGGAGGACCUGUGCGCCAGCGGAGUGACCGUCCUGAACCGGGACUUCACCUCCGCCCUGGAGACCCUGCAGGAUGCCCAGUCCAAGGCCAUCGGCGCCCCCAAGAUCCCGAACGUGCGAUGGGAGGACGUCGGAGGUCUGCAGCAGGUGAAGAAGGAGAUCCUGGACACAGUUCAGCUUCCUCUGCAGCGUCCGGAGCUCCUGUCUCUGGGUCUGAACCGGACCGGGGUCCUGCUGUACGGACCGCCGGGAACAGGGAAAACCCUGCUGGCCAAAGCCGUGGCCACAGAGUGCUCCAUGACCUUCCUCAGUGUUAAAGGUCCAGAGCUCAUCAACAUGUACGUGGGUCAGAGUGAAGAGAACAUCAGAGAAGUGUUCAGCAGAGCGCGCUCAGCAGCUCCCUGCGUUGUCUUCUUCGAUGAGCUGGACUCUCUGGCUCCCAGCAGGGGGCACAGUGGAGAUUCUGGAGGGGUGAUGGACAGAGUCGUGUCUCAGCUUCUGGCUGAGCUCGACGCCCUGCACUCGUCCACCGGGGUUUUUGUGAUCGGAGCCACGAACCGUCCGGACCUGCUGGACCAAUCACUGCUGAGGCCCGGCAGGUUUGAUAAGCUGGUCUACGUCGGCAUCAACGAGGAUCGAGUCUCUCAGCUCCAUGUUCUUCAGGCCAUUCUCAGAAAGUUUCAGUUGGAUCCUGCGGUGAACCUGCAGGAGCUGGUGCAUCGUUGUCCCGCUCACAUGACCGGCGCCGACCUCUACGCUCUGUGUUCAGACGCCAUGACGGCCGCCAUCAAGAGGAAGAUCUCUCUCAUCGACAGCGGUGUGGACUCGGAGGAGUCUCCUGUCCUCCUCUCCAUCGAGGAUUUCUCUGCAGCGUUAGAAAACUUCAGGCCGUCUGUUUCAGACCAGGAGCUGCUGCGAUACAAAAACAUCCAACAGAAACUCACUGUGAAGUAGAAACACUGAACUGAACUGAACUGGAAAACAUCAGUGACAGUGUUCACUCUUUAACAGCUCACCACAUGGUUUAAGGAGCUAAUGAUUCAGAUAGUUAACACUGUAAAAUACUGUAUAAAAAUAAUGUGCAUGAUGUAAAGCUAAUUUAUAAAGUUAUAAAAUGUAAUUAAUAAAUGCUUAAGCUGAUAAAAGCGA